AUGGAGCGAAUUAUAGCCAUCGACAAAGUUUCCCAGGUAAUUUUUAUGAUAUUUUAGUUCGGCAACACAAUUUUCCCGUUGGUUAAUUGGUAUUUUUGCAGGAAGAUGGCGACGACAAGAAGGAUUUGAGGAUUCUGGAUGAAAUGAGAAGAAAAACAACAACAAACAUAUCGAAUUAUUGGGACGAUCAAGGAUUUCACAGGAAAGACGGCGAUGUGAAGAAAUUUAUUAUUUUCAAUCAGCUGAGGAUUUGCAAACACAGAAAAACAACGCCAACAGGUACAAAUUCAAGUUUUUCAAAAAAAUAUAAGAAGAAACAACAACACCGAUAGAGAAAUCAAAGGAUUAUUUUGGAAGAUAAGAUUAUGAAGAAGAACAACAUUGAUCAUUUUAUUGGAUAGAAAUGAAGUAGAAGGUAGAGCGAUUCGAAGGAUUCUGAUCGAAUGUUUUAUGCUGGUUUUGGGAUGAUGAUUUCACCGGAAAUACGGCGAUUAUUUUCAAUAAGCUGAGGAUUCGCAAACAAAGAAGAACAACGAAGCCAAGGAAAUAUCGUGUUCAGUUGAAUUGGAUGAUGACAAAGGAUUUUCCAGGUAUUUUUAUUGAAUUUCAGGUUCAUCCAGUUAUUAUUUCUGAUUUAUUCAUCUGCUGUGAAAUGAUGGCAACGUGGAAGUAGGAUCAGGAAGGCAGAAAAAGAAGAAAAACAUCGACAAGGAUACUACUGAACUUGCGACAAAAUGCUGGAUUGAUAUACUCUCAAUUUCCGCCCUUCCGAUGUCAAGUCAAUCACGCCACUCUACAUACACUGUAUUGGAUAAAGGACGCGUCUUUAUUUAUCUUCUCCCAUCCUCUACAAACCUCCAGGUAACUCCUUUCACCCUUUUGGUUAUUGUUAUUAUUUUUCAAAAGACCCUGCUCACUCCAACAAACAAUACCUGUUUGUUUAUCUGUCUGUGUCUCGUCAUUUCUCACACACUCUCUCACACACAUGCAUGCCACUUUUCUUCUUUUUUGUUUUGUUUUAUUUGUUUUCCUUUUAACCACGCCUUUCUCAAUCAAUAAAUUGGUCUGCAGGUGUGUCUGCGUCUCUUUUUUUCUCUCUCUCUCAAGCACACACAUGCCACCUUUCUUCUUUUUCUUCUUUUCUUUUGUUCGUGUUUGUGUGUGUUUUCCUCUCCUAACCACGCCUUUUUCAAUCAAUUUAUUGGUUUUCAGGGAAAAGAACGACGAGCAAAUGGAUAGCGAAGGUGAAUCAAAUGAAUGGAGCAAAUUAUAGGCAUCGACAAAGUUUCCCAGGUAAAUUUUAUGAUAUUUUAGUUCGGCAACACAAUUUUCCCGUUGGUUAAUUGGUAUUUUUGCAGGGAAAUGGUGGCGACAAGAGGAUUCUGGAUGGAAACGAGAAGAAAAACAACGAAGAGAGGAAUUGAGAGGCUUUGGAAGUAAUUUGAGUGAAGCAAAGAAACAACAAGUGUAUCCGUCGCCGUGAAGACUUUUCAACAGAAGAACAGCUCCAAAAUGAAUAUUCAUUCUCAGAAGAUGGCAAUACAUUUCGUUGCUGAUUGAUCCAACUUGCGACAAAAUCAAAGCGACAACAAGAUUUCAAUGUUUUCGAGUGGAAGAUGAAGAGAAGAAGGAGCAGCUCAACAAAAUGGAGCCGCGAUUUUUGAAGGGCAAUUCUACUCACAACGCAUUUUUGACUUCUUGGAAUGUUUUUUGUUUCGGUCGCGGUUUUCCAGGUAUAUUUUUAUAAAAUGUGUUGUUCCACAGCUAUUUUCAUACCGUAGAUUAAUCGAGAUCAUUUUGCAGAUUGGCAAAUAUGUACAUCUUCGACAUUUUAUUGGAGACUCUUUUAUUCUCGACGUAUUUUUGGUUUUCAACUAUUUAUUCACUGCUGUGAUUCAUCCAUUUUCCAAGAAUCAUCCAUGUUUUUCAUUGUCACUGUUUUUUAAAGUGUCACAGAAAAAUGGAUGCUUUUUGGAAACAUUAUACUUUUCUCCUUCGGAAAAUUAUUAUGGGCCUAUGCAGAAUAAUAUUUUGUAAUAAAAAACAUUAAAAAACAUUUUUUUCCUAUGCAGAAAAACGUCGAAAAAACAAAAUAAAGACAACGUGAAAUUGAGAGAGCGCAGACAUAAAAUGGGUUUUUUGUCUGCACUCUCUCAAUUUCACGUUCUCUCUACUCAAAAUAGUAAACUGUAUAUUUUGUUUUUUCGACGUGUUUCUGCAUAGGAAAAAAAUGUUUUUUAUUACAAAAUAUUAUUCUGCAUAGGCCCAUUAGGAGAGAAAGUGCGCUCUAUUGCACUCGUUUCUCUCAUUUCGUCAUCAUUGUCUCUUCCUCUUUUUUUCUCGAUUUUUCGUUUUUGUCCUUAAUAUUACUCGUUUUUACUUAAUCAUGAAAACGAUUGAAUAUAAAAUGUGUUUUUUUCAGAAAUACUUGGAAAAAUGCCAGCUCAACUAAGAAUUCGCGCCGUAGAUGCAUCAACUGCGAAAACCAGAGGACAAAAAGCGAAAGUUGCUCCAGUGAACAAAGUUGCAACUCGUGGAAUUGCGAAAAGUGUGGCGAAAAUGGCUUUGGCUGAAACGACUGCGUCAAGAAGAAGAGCCAAGAGUGUUGCACCGAAGUCUGCUGAAAUGUCAUCCAAAAAGCGAAAAGAUGUGAGUUUUUUCUUCAUUUUGCCAAAACAUUUAGACGUUCUCUCAAAAAAAUUAAAUAACAAAAAGAAAAAGAUAUUAAUUAAAAUUUGAAUUUCAGGUCGGCGAGGUCAAUUCCGAAGAUGUUCGAAAUCAAAGAAGUUCUCGAACCCGCGGAAAAACUCCUGCUCCGAAAGCGAUUUCAUCAUCUUCACGAUCAACAGCAAAAUCUGCGCAAGGAUUGAAGGCGAAAAAAUCGGUUAGUUGAAUUUUUAUCUCCAAGCUUUCAACAAAAAAAUCAUGGAAAAGAAGAAAAUUUAGCAUUAAUCUGAAAAAAAUUUCAAACAAAAAUUGCAAAGUUUGAAAUAACAUAGAAUAUCAAUAAAAAUUUCAGACUCAAUCGGCUUCGAAAUCGAAUGACGUCAAAAGAUCGAGAUCCAAAUCGAUCAACCCAAAGGCUCAUGCAUCAGUGCCAAUUAUUCAUCGCCGUAUACUAGUUGGAGGAAUUCCUGGACCUGAAGCUUAUGUUCUUCCUUCACCCGAACCAGUUGCAACUUCAACAGGAGAUCAAUCGGAAGAUACUUCAACUUCUGCACUCUCAACGGAAAAAUCUGCGCAAGGAUCAUCGGCAGAUAAAUCGGUUAGUUCAAUUUUUAUCUUCAUAUAAAGCUUUCAACAAAAAUCAAUCGAAAAAAUAAAAAUUUAGUAUCAAUCUAGAAAGAAUUUCAAACCAAUUUUAGAAGAAGAAAUCAUAAAGUUUCAAAUUUCAAAAGGAAUAAUUUAAAAUAAACAGAAAAAAGUUUGAAAUAACUGAGAUUGUAAAUCAACAUUUCAGGCUCAAAUGCCAACGGAAUCCGUCAAUUCAAAUGCUGUCGCAACAUCAACAACAGUAUCAGAUGUUCCUCGUGCUAUGCCAGUUGAAGGAAUUCCUGGAUCUCAAGCUGAUGUUCCUUCUUCAACGGAACCAGUUGCAAUUUCAUCAGGAGACCAAUCGAGUCCAGAUGUUCCUUCUUCAACGGAACCAGUUGCAGUUCCAACAGGAGAUCAAUCCAGUCCAAAUGUACCAUCUUCCAGCGGACCACUUGCAAUUCCAUCAGGAGAUCAAUCGAGUCCAGAUGAUCCAUCUUCGAGCGGACCACUUGCAAUUCCACCAGAAGACCAAUCGAGAGCGGAUGUUCCAUCUUCCAGCGGACCAGUUGCAGUUCCAACAGGAGAUCAAUCCAGUCCAGAUGAUCCAUCUUCCAGCGGACCAGUUACAAUUUCAUCAGGAGACCAAUCGAGUCCAGAUGAUUCAUAUUUGACCGGACUACUUGAAAUUCCACCAGAAGACCAAUCGAGAGCGGAUGAUCCAUCUUCCAGCGGACCAGUUGAAAUUCCAUCAGGAUACGAAUCGAUAGCGGAUGAUCCAUUUUUCAGCGGACCAUUUGCACUUCCAUUAUUUGAUGUUGAUCCUUCGUUCAUAGCGGUUAGUUUUUUUUUGAUUUAUAAAGAAUUCUCAUCUGCAACUAGCAAAAAUUACCAGUGAAAAGUAUAAUUUUUAAUAUCCAACAAAAGUAAUCUCACAAGUUGAUAUGCAAAAAUUUCAAAUCAUUUUCAACCGAAGUUUAAAACCACUACAGUUUUCCACAAGCCUCAUGAAAAUUGGAAUUUCAGAAUGACCCCCCUCCACAACAUUUUGAUGCUCCAAUUCCUGAAUACUUUAUCAGAGAAUAUCAAAGACUUUUGCCUUUUACCAAUCUGAAAUUUAUCUCAUUGUUAGAUAUUGUAAGGUUGGAAACGCGGAUGGAGUAUCUGAUAGACAUAAAGAAACCUGAUAGUUAUGUACUGAUGAUGAAAGUCGAAAGAAGCGUAAUUUUUCGAAGUUUACCAGUGGAUAUGAUGACCGAAAAUUUGGAUUAUAUGCUCAAAAAAAGUUUAUCGCACGUUGAUGGGGAUAUAUAUGAAACACCAAUAAAUUUAACGUGAGUUUGGGUUGCGAGGGUCCUCACAAGGAAACGUUUUCAAUGUUCCCUCCUGAAAAAAAGUGAUACUAUGCGGAAAGUGUACAGUGCGUCCAAUAAAGAUAGGACCCCCUAGAAUUUGAGAUUUCCAAUGAAACGGUUAUAGAUGACUGAUAUUUGAGAAUGGGAAUCGUUUUUAAAUCAAAAAAUAACCCAGGAAACACAUUCCUAUGAUUUGUGAGUUGUUUCAUCUACACGUGACGUGAAAAUGCUGAUUUUCGAGCGUCCAAUAAAGAUAGGACCCCCCCCCCCACCAAAAAAUGAGAAUUAGCCUCGAUUGUUAUGAAUAUUGACUUUAGUUACCUAAAUAACGAUAUUGACAUGUGUUUUGAAUCAUAAAAUUCAAGAUAUAGUUCGCUCCGAACUUCUGAAUCAAAAUUUCAUAAUUAUUCAAUUUUUCAUCAAAAAUCAGUAUUUAGAAGCUAAUCUUAAUUGAAUCACAGUUUUUAUGUCUAAUUUAUCACUAAAUUUGCAUUUUGAACUAUUGUUAACAAAUUCCGAUGUCAAAUUUCGAUUUUCUGAUGUUUCGUUCCAGUCAUGUCCACUGAUCUUUUCGAUUCUAACAUCAAGAACAAUGAUUGUUUUGAAAUUUUGGAUCAUGAAUUUGCUGAUUAAUUGUUUGCGAGUGUUAGAAAUUUCACUCCAACAUUUUGAACAUUUGUUAUUCAACUUAUUUCAAUCAUGGCAUGAAACAUUUAAAAAUAGGAUGCGAAUAAAGAGAAAUGGAUUGUUAUUGAAACAAAUCUCAAAGAGGCGUGUAUAAGUUCAGGAGUAAUGUUUAAAUGAUUAGAUAUGGUUCAAAAUACGUUGUUCAUCCAAUUUCAGCUUCAUAAUAUAAAAUUAAUCGAUGUUCUUGGUGUUAGAAUCGCAAAGAUCAGUGGACAUGGCUGGAACGAUCUUCGAUGACAACUUUCCCAUGAAAAUAAAUUUUUGUUUCCAAAUUCCCUUUGGGCUUUUUCAUACCCAUGGGGGUACUACACUUUCCGCAUAGUAUCACCUUUUUUCAGGGGGGAACAUUAAAAACGUCUCCUUGUGAGGAAUUCAGAAGGCUUCAGGAAAAAAAAUAGUUUUUCACCAAAACACAUUUAAAAUUAUUUUUUCCAGAAUUUAUCAUCCAAAACUUCCUGGUGGUCUAUUAGCCUGGAACAACCAACCAAUGAGUGUGUUAAAUGGGGAAAAUGUGAUGACGCAUUUGUUGGCUGCUCAACAAUCACAUCCCGAAUUCAGAUUCGAUGAACAUCUUCGUGUUUUGAUUAAAAUCAAUUUGCCGCUGACUCACCCACGGUUUGAUGACAAUGCAGAAAAUACUCCUCCUCCAACUGCUCAAGAAUCAGGAAACACCUUUUUUAUGUAA